UAGGCUUGGAAGCACGUGUACGCCGGGUUUUUCAUAAACCAACCCAUUAUCCGAACGCGACGAUUCGAGGGCUUGUUUCUCCAACACCCCAUCCUCGUGGGGCUGUUGUCAACCCGUUUUCCUUUCCUUUAGAGAAAGACAUCGUCUCGCCUGCUAUAUUUCUUGGCGUAACUUGUUGCGUUUGUUGAGUCGGCGAGUUUCGUGCGGCGCAAAAGGCAGCACGGGAUGUAACGGUUUCUCGGCCGCGGCCCAUGGGAAGCGGCGAGGCAGCCACGCGCUUUCUCCCUCGCCGAAGCGUAGAAGCAAGCUGCUCCGGCGCCCGGCGACGAACACACGUGAGGCACGCAUUGGAUCCGCGUCUGGGCUCAGCGAGCGGUGGGUACCUCUCGAUUCCUCUCUUGGGAGAUAAAAAGAUCUUGAAUUAUAUUAGAGAUUCACUGAAGGCAACAAAGAUUAUCUAAAUGGGGAAGAAGGCAAAACCAUCUGUGGCUCCUAUGAUGGAGAUUUUGAAUGAAAAUAAGAAAAAGAAAAAGAAGAAGCAUGCUAUUGAACCUGAAGAACAGCCAGUUGAACCAGUUAUCAAAGAGAAAGGUAAAAAAAAGAAGAAAUUAGAUGAUAAUCUCAACAUCGAAAAUUCUCCUGUCAAGGAAGAGGUGUCAAUAGCGACUGAAGAAUCUGAAACUGAAAGGACACUCGUCAAAAAGAAGAAAAAGAAGAAGCACAAAAAGGAUGGACAUGAUGAGAGCCUGAAUGACAGUGAGAAUUUGACAGAUUCUCAGAAGUCUCCCAAGAAACGGACACACCCAUCGGAGGUAAAAUCUUCACCAAAGAAGAUUAAGAAAGAAAGGAAGGAGGCUGUUGUGGAUGAAGAUGAUGAGGAAAAAGAGCCAAUUAAUGCUAAUGAAGCUGAGCCACUUGACUUAUGGACGCCUGAGGAGAAGUUGAUGCUGAUUUCAAGAAUGCAAGAAAAGCUGCAGCCAAAUGACAAAAUCAGUUACAGAAGAAGACUUGCAGGCCCAAAAUGGAACUGGAAUGAUAUCGCCUUUGACAACAAGUCUGCUAAAGAGUGUGAAGAACAGUUCCAUGAGAUUAUUGAGAGCAUUAAUAAAAUAAAAACAUUAGAACAAAUAUUAACAGAAGCAGAACAACUUACCAGAUCAGGAGGGUUACGGAAGAAGAAUCUGAAUGCAUUCCAGUAUUUCAUGAGGCAACACACCCAGACACUGAAGACAAACGGCAAGAAUGAAAACCUACGUGGUAGAGAAUUGUUCUCGGUCCUUAUUAACAACUGGUACAGUUUAGACGAAGCUGAAAAGAAAAGAUACAAAAUCUUGGCGAAAGAAGAAGGGAAUCCCAAGGACGGCCUUCCAGUAUCAGCCCCUAGACUACCAUUUGAGAUAUAUUAUAGCAUUGAAAGUGAUAAGAUUGGAUCGAAGAACAAGCAGUUGAAAGCCGAGUUGAGGACCAAAUAUAAUGCAUUAAAGAAGAAAACGAAGUUAAAGUACAUAGAGGAGUCCUUUAAGGAAUUCCAUAAAUAUAAGCAAGAGGUAGCUGAAUAUCUAAAGAUAAACCCUUCAUAUAAGACACUGAAGAAAUUUCCCAAUAAAGAGGAAGCAGAGCUAUUUUUGAUAAACCACUUGAAGAUGCCCAGAGAGCCGCCCUACCAACCAUCAACUGCCUAUUAUCAUCAGCUUUUGGAGGAAGGGAAACUUGAUGACCUGCCCGGCAAGGAAAGGCUAAUUACUGCAACACGACAGUUUGCUAAUCUCCCACUAGGAGAACAAACAGCUAUCACCGAGCAGACAAAGCAGAAGCAUGAAGAAUACCGUAAGCAGGUGGCCCUGUGGAAAGAAAAACAAGAGGACUAUGUAAUGGAUAUAGUUAAUCGUUAUUUCCCAGAAACCUCCAAGAAAGGAAAGAAAGAAAAAGCCCAAAAAGGUAAAAAUACCCUAAAUAAAUUUGAAAAUGUACAAGUCACUACCAUGAACGCUCCCAAAUUCAGUGAAUUACCCAAAAAGCCUCCACGUACUGGAUUUUUGUUGUUCAGUGCUAAAUUUGAACACAAAAUGAAAGGCAAAUUCUCAGAUGCGAAAGAGAGAAAGGAAAGCUGUAAGGAUUACUGGAAUAAAUUACCUGAGGAACACAAACAGAUUUACAGGAAUCGAUCUAGGGAACUGCAGGAAGAGUAUAAAAACAAUUUGUUUGAGUUUGUAAAUAAUCUGGAAGAGGCUGAACGUGUCAUGUACUUGGGACAUUACCGUAAGCAAGUCAGAGCCUACUUUUGUCGUGAUAUAUUUGAGGAGCAAUACCCUAAUAAAGUAUAUCCAGUAUAUAUUGCAAGCCCAAAGAAAAAACUCAGAACUGCAGUAAAUGGUAUGACAGUAAAAGAUGAAGCAAUAGAUUCAGAUUCAGAUGAGCUGCCUGUAGCUAAGAAGAAACCAAAAGACAAGAAUAUAGAUAUCGAAAAUACUGAAAGCAGUUCAUCACCUGAUUCAUCUGAUCAAGAGGAGGAGGAGGAAGAAGAAGA